AUGCCUCCAGCCUCCCCGGCCACGCCUCCGCGCCACCCGGCGCCGCCGCCGUACCCGGCGCCCCAGCAGCCGAGGCUGCUUCCACUGCCCUAUGGACCGCCCGCCCCUCCUGCCCCUCCCGACGAAUGGUGCCACGGGGGCCGGCACGGUGGGGGCCAUCGCGGCGGUCAGCAGCAGCAGUCACAGGGCAUCAGCCAGCCCCGUCAGCAGCAGCAGUUCCAGGUGCCCCCUCCGUGGGCCUCCGGCUACAACUCGUGGACUGGUGUUGUUCAUUCCUACACCAUGCCGGUUCCACGGGCUCCUGCACCGACCCUUCCCGUGCCGCGCCCGUCGACGCAUCAUGCGUACUACGCGGCUCCGCAGCCGUAUGGAGGAUACCCACCACCGCAGCUGAGCGGCGCCUACGGCCUCCCUGCGGCCCCGCCGCCGCCCUCACCGGCCCUGCCACCAGUACCCCCGCCUGUUCCUCCCGCCACCGGUGAUGUGGGCUCCUCGACGCCUCUCCCAGGGCGCUCGCGCACCUCUCUUGGCCCGCCCCUGGCUUUGAGGUGCGCCCCCGCAUGCGGUGCCUCCUACAGCCGCGGCGCUGGCGCCCCCGGCGCCCCCGACGUUGGCGCCCGCAGGCCCCGCGGCCCCGUGAUGCAAGAGGAGUUUGACGCCCUGUUGCACAACCGGACAUGGCAGCUUGUUGCCCGUCCCCGGCACGCCAACAUGAUUACCGGGAAGUGGGUCUUUAAACACAAGCUUCGUCCCGAUGGUACCCUUGAUCGCUACGAAGCGCGCUGGGUCGUUCGUGGCUUCCGACAGCGUGCUGGCAUCGACUUCACCAACACCUUUGCUACGAUCGUCAAGCCCGACACGAUACGCACGGUUCUCCACCUUGUGGUCUCCCGUGCUUGCCCGCGCGCGCGUGCGGUUUCUGAAUCUUCCUCCCGUGUCCAGGAGGCGGCGGCGGAAUCUCUCUGCGCCGCCGUGCGGCGGUUGGUAGAUCUGUUCGUCUCUGGCCGGCCCCCGUCGCUGAGGGCGUCUGGUCUGGGGAUUGGUUUGAAGCACGCGGCGCCGCCGGGCGCCGGCCGCAGGGCCCGCCGCAGCCACUCCGCGGCCGCGCCGGGCCGCUCCGCAAGGCAGGCGCACGGCGCCAUGUCCCUGGAUGGCGGGUUCCUCGGCGGCGCGCAGCGCACCGAGGAACGCGUCGCGCCACGCCCGCCUCGGGCCGCGGCUCGCGACGCCGAGUCCAUCAGGCCCAUGUCUCUGCUACCCGAGAGCAGCAUUGGGCUGUACGACCCGGCGUUCGAGCGUGACUCGUGCGGCGUUGGCUUCGUCGCCGAGCUGUCGGGCGUUGACAACCGGGCGACCGUCGUCGAUGCCAUUCAGAUGCUUGAAAGAAUGGCACACCGAGGUGCCUGCGGCUGUGAGAAAAACACUGGUGAUGGUGCCGGCAUUCUCGUUGCUCUACCACACACCUUCUUCCGAGAGGUGACAAAGGAUGCCGGUUUCGAGUUACCGCCACCAGGUGAGUAUGCUGUUGGAAUGGUCUUCCUGCCAACCGAUGAGAAGCGCCGCGAGAGGAGCAAAACUGAGUUUACAAAGGUCGCUGAGUCUCUAGGACAUUCGAUACUUGGGUGGCGCCAGGUUCCCACUGACAAUUCAGACUUGGGCCAAGCUGCGCUCGAUACUGAACCAGCCAUUGAACAGGUUUUCCUCACCAAGAGUUCAAAAUCGAAGGCCGACUUCGAACAGCAGUUGUUUAUCCUGAGGAGGCUCUCAAUUGUAUCUAUCCGGGCCGCGCUGAAUCUUCAGCGUGGAGGAGAGAGAGAUUUCUACAUGUGCUCUCUAUCUUCAAGGACCAUUGUUUACAAGGGCCAACUUAUGCCAUCCCAGCUCCAAGGGUACUACUAUGCGGAUAUAGGUCAUGAAAACUUCUCCAGUUAUAUGGCUCUGGUUCACUCAAGGUUCUCCACCAACACCUUCCCCAGCUGGGACCGUGCACAGCCAAUGCGUGUCUUAGGCCACAAUGGAGAGAUCAAUACUCUCAAAGGGAACAAAAACUGGAUGAAAGCUCGUGAGGGUCUCUUGGAGUGUGAGAAGCUUGGCCUAUCACAGGAUGAAAUGUCAAAGAUUCUUCCAAUAGUAGAUGCCACUUCUUCAGAUUCAGGUGCAUUUGAUGGUGUUCUCGAGCUCCUUAUCCGUGGUGGAAGAAGCCUGCCAGAAGCUGUGAUGAUGAUGAUCCCUGAGGCGUGGCAGAAUGAUGUAAACAUGGAACCUGAUAAGAAAGCUCUGUACGAGUUCUUGUCAGCCCUUAUGGAGCCUUGGGAUGGACCUGCUCUCAUAUCUUUUACCGAUGGCCGCUACCUUGGAGCUACCCUGGAUCGCAAUGGCCUUAGGCCUGGUCGAUUUUAUGUAACCCACAGUGGACGUGUGGUCAUGGGUAGUGAAGUUGGUGUUGUGGAUAUUCCUGCCCAAGAUGUGUUGAGAAAGGGUCGGCUUAACCCUGGAAUGAUGUUACUCGUUGACUUCGACAACCAUACUGUAGUAGAUGAUGAAGCACUCAAGGCACAGUACUCUAAAGCUCACCCGUAUGGAGAAUGGCUCAAGCGACAAAAGAUGUACCUCAAAGACAUUGUAGAAUCUGUCCCAGAAACUGACAGAGUUGCUCCAAGCAUUUCUGGUUCUAUUACGCAAACAAAUGAGAACAAGGAAUGUGCAGGCAUCAAUGCAAUUGUGACUCCACUAAAGGCGUUUGGGUACACAUUGGAAGCCCUAGAAAUGUUGCUGCUGCCAAUGGCUAAAGAUGGAGUGGAAGCUCUUGGAUCAAUGGGAAAUGAUGCACCCCUAGCAGUGAUGUCAAACAGAGAGAAGCUGACUUUUGAGUACUUCAAGCAGAUGUUUGCACAAGUAACAAACCCUCCAAUCGAUCCAAUUAGGGAGAAGAUUGUUACAUCUAUGGAAUGUAUGAUUGGGCCAGAAGGAGAUUUGCUGGAAAUAACCGAAAAGCAAUGCAACCGCCUUGCACUUAAAGGUCCUUUGGUGUCAAUGGAUGAAAUGGAAUCUAUCAAGAAGAUGAACUACCGUGGUUGGCGCAGCAAGGUGCUCGACAUAACUUAUCCGAAGAAUUCUGGAAGGAAGGGCUUGGAAGAAACUUUGGAUAGAAUUUGUGCUGAAGCCCGGGAAGCUAUACGCGAGGGAUACAAAAUUUUAGUUCUUUCAGACAGAGGAUUUUCUUCAGACCGUGUUGCUGUCAGUUCCCUCUUAGCAGUUGGAGCAGUACAUCAACACCUUGUUGCAAAUCUUGAGAGGACACGCGUAGGAUUAUUGGUUGAGUCUGCUGAACCUCGUGAAGUGCACCAUUUCUGUACACUCGUUGGAUUUGGUGCAGAUGCUAUAUGCCCUUAUUUGGCCAUUGAAGCAAUUUGGUGCUUGCAGACUGAUGGGAAGAUUCCCCCUACCGACUCAAAGGAGGAACUUGUCGAAAAAUAUUUUUAUGCUUCCAUCUAUGGAAUGAUGAAGGUUCUUGCAAAGAUGGGAAUAUCCACCCUUGCAUCUUACAAAGGGGCACAGAUUUUUGAAGCUCUUGGACUUUCUUCUGAAGUGAUUCACAAGUGUUUUGAAGGCACUCCUAGCAGAAUUGAGGGUGCAACGUUCGAAAUGCUUGCACGUGAUGCUCUCCGUCUUCACGAGUUGGCAUUCCCAUCAAGAACACCUCCGCCUGGCAGUGCAGAUGCAAAAGCCCUUCCCAAUCCAGGGGAUUACCACUGGAGGAAAAAUGGUGAAGUCCAUCUAAAUGAUCCUCUUGCAAUGGCAAAAUUACAAGAAGCAGCUAAAGUAAACAGCCGGGAAGCAUACAAAGAAUAUUCUAAGCGAAUUCAAGAGCUUAACAAGGCGUGCAAUCUGCGUGGUAUGCUGAAAUUUAUAGAUAGCACUAGCAAGAUUUCUUUGGAUGAGGUUGAACCUGCAAGUGAGAUAGUGAAACGCUUUUGUACUGGGGCAAUGAGUUAUGGAUCUAUUUCGUUGGAGGCACAUACUGCCCUUGCUGUGGCCAUGAACAAACUGGGAGGCAAAUCUAACACAGGGGAGGGAGGGGAGCAGCCUUCUCGUAUGGAGCCUCUUCCUGAUGGUUCGAUGAAUCCAAAACGAAGUGCAAUCAAGCAAGUUGCCAGUGGACGAUUUGGAGUUUCCAGCUAUUAUCUGACUAAUGCAGAUGAGCUGCAGAUAAAAAUGGCUCAGGGUGCUAAGCCUGGUGAAGGUGGUGAGCUUCCAGGUCACAAGGUUAUCGGUGACAUUGCAGUUACCAGACAUUCUACAGCUGGUGUUGGGCUUAUUAGUCCACCUCCUCACCAUGAUAUAUAUUCUAUCGAGGAUCUUGCACAGCUUAUCCAUGACCUUAAGAAUUCAAAUCCUCAAGCUCGAAUCAGCGUGAAGCUAGUGUCUGAGGCUGGUGUUGGAGUUGUAGCUAGCGGUGUUGUAAAAGGACACGCAGACCAUGUUCUUAUUUCUGGCCAUGACGGUGGCACCGGUGCAUCAAGAUGGACAGGUAUCAAGAAUGCUGGACUUCCAUGGGAACUAGGAUUGGCUGAGACACAUCAAACUUUAGUGGCAAAUGGGCUUCGUGGUCGAGCUGUCCUACAAACAGAUGGCCAAUUAAAAACUGGUAGAGAUGUUGCUGUGGCGUGCUUACUUGGUGCAGAGGAAUUUGGUUUCAGCACUGCUCCACUGAUCACACUUGGCUGCAUUAUGAUGCGGAAGUGCCAUACCAAUACUUGCCCUGUUGGUAUAGCCACUCAAGAUCCAGUGCUCCGAGAAAAAUUUGCUGGAGAACCAGAGCAUGUCAUUAACUUUUUCUUCAUGCUUGCUGAGGAGCUAAGAGAAAUUAUGGCUCAGCUUGGCCUCCGUACAAUUAAUGAAAUGGUUGGACGCUCUGAUAUGCUUGAAGUUGAUCCAGAAGUAGUUAAGAGCAAUGAGAAACUUGAAAAUAUUGAUCUCUCAUUGAUCUUAAAACCAGCUGCAGAGAUUCGUCCUGGGGCUGCUCAGUACUGUGUUGAAAAGCAAGACCAUGGCCUUGACAUGGCUUUGGAUAACAAACUUAUAGCUUUAUCAAGGGCUGCACUUGAAAAGGAAGUUCGUGUUUUCAUUGAGACUCCAAUCAAGAACACUAAUCGGGCAGUAGGCACCACACUUAGCCAUGAAGUCACAAAACGUUAUCACAUGAAGGGAUUAGAUCCUGGAACCAUUCAUGUGAAACUCACUGGAAGUGCUGGUCAGAGUUUUGGUGCUUUUCUCUGUCCUGGAAUAACCCUUGAGCUUGAAGGAGACAGCAAUGAUUACGUUGGCAAAGGAUUAUCUGGUGGAAAGAUUGUUGUGUACCCACCCAGGAACAGUACAUUUAGUGCAGAAGACAAUAUUGUCAUUGGUAAUGUGGCCCUGUAUGGUGCUACCAAGGGAGAAGCAUACUUCAAUGGAAUGGCAGCAGAAAGGUUUUGUGUUCGUAAUUCUGGUGCUCGAACAGUGGUUGAAGGAAUUGGUGAUCAUGGAUGCGAGUACAUGACAGGGGGUACUGUAGUCAUCCUUGGUAAAACAGGAAGAAAUUUUGCUGCUGGGAUGAGUGGAGGCAUCGCUUAUGUUUAUGAUGUUGAUGGGACAUUCAGUGUCCGCUGUAACAAUGAGUUGGUUGAUCUAUAUCAUGUGGAGGAAGAGGAUGAUGUAACCACUUUGAAAAUGAUGAUAGAGCAACAUCGACUUCACACAGAGAGUGUCCUGGCCAAAGACAUACUCUCUAAAUUUGACACUCUUCUUCCAAAAUUUGUAAAAGUAUACCCAAGGGAUUAUAAGAGGGUUCUAGAAGAAAUGAAGGCAGAAAAAGCUGCAGCUAGGCCUACAAAGGAACCUAAGGUGGCAAAUGGUGUUUCUGUGACAACUAAGAAAAUACAAACAGAGAAGUCAUCCAGCCGACCAACACGUGUUGCCAACGCCAAAAAGUACCGGGGUUUUGUAACAUAUGAGCGAGAGGGUGUUUCUUACCGUGAUCCAAAUGAGCGUGUUAAAGAUUGGAACGAGGUUGCCAUUGAAUCAGUUCCAGGGCCACUGUUAAACACACAGUCUGCUCGUUGUAUGGAUUGUGGCACUCCUUUCUGUCAUCAGGAAAGCUCAGGUGCUGGCUGUCCUCUUGGAAAUAAGAUCCCAGAGUUCAAUGAAUUAGUUCACCAGAAUAGAUGGCGUGAAGCAUUGGAUCGCCUACUAGAGACAAACAACUUCCCUGAAUUUACUGGACGUGUGUGCCCUGCUCCUUGUGAGGGGUCUUGUGUUCUUGGCAUUAUUGAGAACCCAGUAUCAAUCAAAAGCAUAGAAUGCUCGAUUAUAGACAAAGGUUUUGAAGAGGGAUGGAUGGUACCACGACCACCACUUCAAAGAACAGGAAAGAAAAUCGCUAUAGUUGGCAGUGGUCCUGCUGGUUUGGCUGCCGCUGAUCAACUAAAUAAAAUGGGCCAUUUUGUAACUGUAUUUGAACGUUCGGAUCGUAUAGGAGGUCUUAUGAUGUAUGGAGUACCAAACAUGAAGACAGACAAGAUUGGAGUUGUUCAGCGUCGUGUCAAUUUAAUGGCCGAAGAGGGUGUAACAUUUGUGGUGAAUGCUAAUGUAGGGAGUGAUCCUUUAUACUCAAUUGAACGUCUCCGUUCUGAGAACAAUGCAGUUAUUUUGGCUUGUGGAGCUACAAAACCAAGGGACCUAAGUAUUCCUGGCCGUGAGCUAGCUGGAGUUCAUUUUGCCAUGGAAUUUCUCCACGCAAAUACCAAAAGUUUGCUUGAUAGCAACCUGGAGGAUGGAAGAUACAUAUCUGCCCAGGGUAAGAAGGUGGUGGUCAUUGGUGGUGGAGACACAGGCACAGAUUGCAUCGGUACGUCUGUUAGGCAUGGUUGCAGCAGCAUUGUAAAUCUGGAGCUUCUCACCAAGCCACCAAGCAAGAGAGCUUCUGACAACCCCUGGCCCCAGUGGCCUAGAGUCUUCCGAGUGGACUAUGGGCACCAGGAAGCAUCUACCAAGUUUGGAAAUGAUCCAAGAACUUACGAAGUCUUAACCAAGCGUUUCAUUGGUGAUGAAGAUGGAAAAUUGAAGGCCCUUGAGGUGGUGCGCGUGAAGUGGGAGAAAGUAGAUGGAAAAUUCCAGUUCAAGGAGAUUGAAGGAUCACAAGAGAUCAUCGAGGCAGACCUUGUCCUCCUUGCCAUGGGAUUCCUGGGCCCUGAAGAGAACAUCGCUGACAAACUGGGUUUAGAGAAAGACAACCGUUCCAACUUCAAAGCUCAAUUCGGACACUUCGGGACCAGUGUGGAUGGCGUUUUUGCCGCUGGGGAUUGCAGGCGCGGGCAAUCGCUGGUUGUUUGGGCCAUCACCGAAGGGCGUGAAGCUGCUGCUGCAGUAGAUAAGUACUUGUCAAGGGAUGAACAAAAUGUCGCAGGCCUUACAUAGGUUUGUGGUGCUGAAUUCAUAGCGACGUAAUUUAGGAUGGGUGAUUUUAUCCAUUGAUGAUGAUAGCAAAUUGUGCUAAGGCUUGGGCUCAAUAGGGAAAGAAAGAGAGAGAGAGAGAGAGAGAGAGCCCUUUUAUACUUGAUAGGCAUACAAUUGGAAAUUUUGGUUGGCUAUUGUUUGUUGGUUCAUUGUCUAGCUAUAAUGUUUUGCUUCGCUGCCUAAAUGCGGCUUUGUAGCCUGAAUAAUGUACAGUAUUUUUGGUUGCUCAAUGGUUGUAAAGUCGUCUGGGUAAUAUGGACUAGUACUUUUAUUUUC